GCUUCGUGAUUUAAAGAUGGCCGCCAGUUGAGAAGUGCGCAGUGGAUACGGUGUGUGGAUGUGUGCGUUAGUAUUUCGAUAUCGGUCGUCUCGUCUCGGGGCAGUGAGUUCGCAUCGUCUCGUGUCCAAGGCGGUUAGCCCAACUCUUUCCGAAAUCGCGACUGCAUCAGAUAGAGGAAAAACGAUUGAGCUCGGAGAAAUGGGCCGGUCGCGUUCUCGAUCGAAAUCGCCGAGCAGACGGCGUCACAAAAGCAAGCAUUCGCGCAAGCGGUCGAAAUCGCGCGAGAAGCACUCCAACAACAAGUACUCGGACAAGCCGAAGGAGCGCAGCUCCAAGUCCAGAAAACGAUCCCAUUCCGCGUCGUCCAGCACUGGUACGGAUGUAUCAGAUGAUGUGCACAUCGUCAGUCACAAGAAACGUUCGUACAGGGACAGGGAUCGAAAGAUGGACGAGGUGGAAAGGCUUGCGGAAAUGGAGCGGCAAAGGAAAAAGAAAGAAUUAAUGAACAAAAUCUUCACUACGAGCUCAGUUGGUGUUCUGGAAGAAGAUCGCUGCUUAUCUGUCUGCAGACGUCAACGCGAGGUGGAACAAAAGAUGGUGGAAGAAGAAGCAGCCAAACGUAUAGAAGAGCUUGUACAAAAGAGGGUAGAAGAGGAGCUUGAGAAACGUAAGGAAGAAAUUGAUGCAGAGGUGCAAAGGCGGGUGGAAGAAGCCAAGAGGGCUAUGGAGCGUCAAAUGAUGGAGGAAAUGGAAUGGAGACAAGCAAAACUACGAGAGGAGGAGAAACGAAGAGAGGAGGAAGAGCGGAAGAAGCGCGAGGAACUAGAGAGGAUUAUGGAGGAGAACAACAGAAAGAUAGAGGAGGCUCAGAAGAAAUUGGCUGAGGAAAGGUUGGCCAUGGUUGAAGAACAACGGUUAAUGGAAGAAGAAAGGCAAAAAAUGAGAAAGGAACAUGAAAAGCGUGUUAAGGAGGAGCAAAAGAGGAUCUUAGGCAAAAAUAAUUCAAGGCCUAAGUUAUCUUUUACAUUAAAAUCGGUUACGUAAGUUUAGUAUUUGUAUUGUUUCAUGCAGUUUUACAUGUGAUAUAUACACGAAAUCUUGUCAUCUUUCGUACUUGAUUCGCGAGAAUAGUUAUAACCUGUAUCUAUGUAGGUAUAUAAGUAUACUUAUAUAGAUACAUAGAUAAGUGCUGUAAUAUAAGAUACAAAGCUCACCCU